AGGCUGCAAUGCAUAAGCCGCCGCCGCCGCCUCCUCCGCCGUCGCCUCCUCCCUUCCUCGCCGCUUCCGUGCAUCCUCCUUCUCCGCCCGCCUGAAAGAAAAAAAGAAGAAGGGGGGGAAAAAAGAGAAGAAGAGGGAAGCUGCCGGGGUGGGGGGCGGGUUGGAGGAACGGCAGCGGGACCCGCGUCUCGCCCGCCAAGGACACGGGCGCAGCCUUGCGCGCGUCCCCCACCCCCUGCUGCGCGCACCAGCCUGUGGAGAAAGGCAGCCUCCGAGGUUCCCUCUGAGAAAAGGCAGACGCUGCCUUUGGCCGAGAUGUCACGGCACCAUAGCCGAUUUGAAAGAGAUUAUCGCACAGGAUGGGACCGCCGAGAAUGGAGUGCCAACGGGAACCACGUGAACAGCAGUAACUGUAACAGCACGGUCAACAGCAAUAGCAACAAUAGACCAGGGCUUCUGCCUGUGCCAAUUGUACCCUCACGGCUACAUGCUCCGGCCACAGUUACUUGUACCACUGUCAACAGUGAUGUGAUAACUACCCUUGCGGCCAACUCUUCGGCAGCCUCAACAACCAAACAACAUCAACAAGUUAACAUUGGAGCAUCCAGAGUCACUCAAAUCGACUUUAAUACAACACCUCAGCACAGAAUAAAGAUUCUCAAUUGUGCACAUAAGGCUGGGCUGAUCAACCACCAGACACCUUGCAUUUCCAAGACGGAGAAUCAGCCUCAAGGAUUAGCAACCAGUAUAAGAUGGGGACAGACGCCCAUCAAUCAGUCUACACCCUGGGACACAGAUGAGCCGCCAUCUAAACAGAUGAGGGAGACUGAAAAUCCAGGUACAGCUCCAUGGGUUACAACUGUUGCAGCAGGUAACCAGCCAGCUCUUAUCACUCACUCAUACGGGAUGACUCAGCCUCCAGCCUUCAGCCCAGCAGUGAACGUCCAAGCCCCUGUCAUUGGAGUUACACCCUCACUCCCUCCACACGUCACCCCCCAGCUUCCAUUAAUGCCAGCUCAUUACCAGCUUCAGCAGCAGCCUUCACAGCCUCUGAGUAACAUGGUUGUGAACCUGCAAAGCCAGCCUUUGUACACUAACAGCCACUCCAUCACCAUGUCUUCUAUGACUGGGGUGGGUCAGGUGACUCACCCGGGCCACAAUACAGUAGGGAACGGUCACAUGACUUGUCCUAUCUUGCCUCCGCCGUCACCUGCUUUGCCUUCGGCUGCCCUACCUAAUAACGUUCCAGCUACCAAUGGGCAGGCUGCCCCUCAGCUUCCUCCCAACCAGACGGGCAGUCAGGACAACACUAAUGGGGUACAGAUGCUACGGACAGUUGGUGUCGGGAAGUACGAGUUCACAGACCCAUGGCACCCGAAAGAAAUGUUGAAGGAGUUGAACCAGCAACGCAGAGCGAAAGAGUUUACAGACCUGAAAAUUAUUGUUGAAGGCAAAGAGUUUGAAGUCCACCAAAAUGUUCUAGCUUCCUGCAGCUUGUAUUUCAAGGACCUGAUUAAAAGGUCACCCCGGGACAGUAGCAGAAGCGGAGAAAAGCUGGAGUUGGAAUUAUCAAAUCUCACAGCGGACGUCCUAGAAUUACUGCUGGAAUUUGUUUAUACAGGUUCCUUAGAGAUAGAUUCCGCCAACGCCAAAACUCUUCUGGAGGCUGCCAGCAAAUUCCAGUUUCACACUUUUUGCAAAGUGUGCAUGUCAUUUCUAGAAAAACAACUGACUGCUAGCAACUGCUUAGGAAUAUUGGCCAUGGCCGAAGCAAUGCAGUGCAGUGAGCUGUACAACAUGGCAAAGGCCUAUGCCCUACAGAUCUUUCCUGAGGUGGCCACUCAGGAGGAAAUCCUCAACAUCUCAAAAGACGACUUCAUUUCCUACAUGUCCAACGACAGUCUGAACACGAAGACAGAAGAGCUGGUUUACGAAACAGUGAUAAAGUGGAUUAAAAAAGAUGCAGCCCUCAGAGCCCAGUAUUCGGCUGAGUUGCUGGCAGUGGUCCGCCUACCCUUCAUCCAUCCCAGUUAUCUGCUAAACGUUGUUGACAACGAGGAGUUGAUAAAGUCUUCAGAGGCUUGCCGGGAUCUAGUGAAUGAAGCGAAGCGUUAUCACAUGUUGCCGCACGCCCGACAAGAGAUGCAGACUCCGAGAACCCGGCCCAGGCUAUCAGCAGGUGUGGCUGAAGUAAUCGUACUGGUUGGAGGCCGACAGAUGAUUGGCAUGAAUCAAAGAGCCUUAACAGCUGUAACUUGCUUCAACCCUCAGAACAACAAAUGGUACCCAUUGGCCAGCCUGCCCUUUUAUGACAGGGAGUUUUUUAGUGUGGUGAGUGCUGGAGACAACGUCUAUCUCUCAGGUGGCAUGGAAUCUGGAGUCACACUGUCCGACGUUUGGUGCUACAUGUCUCUACUUGACAACUGGAAUCUCGUUUCCCGAAUGACAGUCCCAAGGUGUCGGCACAACAGCCUGGUAUACGACGGGAAAAUUUAUACCAUCGGAGGCCUUGGCGUAGCAGGAAAUGUUGAUCAUGUGGAGAGGUAUGACACCAUCACCAAUCAAUGGGAGACGGUCGCUCCUUUGCCAAAGGCCGUGCAUUCCGCAGCUGCUACCGUUUGCGGUGGGAAGAUCUAUGUGUUUGGGGGCGUAAACGAGGCUGGCCGUGCCGCUGGAGUUUUGCAAUCGUACGUCCCUCAGACUAAUGCGUGGAGUUUCAUAGAGUCACCCAUGAUAGAUAACAAAUACGCUCCUGCAGUCACCCUCAACGGUUUCAUAUUUAUUCUCGGAGGAGCCUACGCACGAGCAACUACCAUCUAUGACCCAGAAAAAGGCAAUAUUAAAGCAGGCCCCAACAUGAACCACUCCAGGCAGUUCUGCAGCGCGGUCGUACUUGAUGGAAAAAUUUAUACCACUGGUGGAAUUGUCAGUAGCGAAGGGCCUGCUCUAGGAAACAUGGAAGCCUAUGACCCCAAGACGAACACAUGGACGCUUCUACCCAACAUGCCGUGUCCUGUGUUCCGACAUGGCUGCGUAGUAAUCAAAAAAUACAUUCAGAGUGGUUGAUGCACACAAGGACUUGGAUGUCAAACCAACUGCCAGCUGCCUACAGCAAGCCCAGGAGAGAAACUGUCACAACGGGGGAAAGUCAAGGAAAUCCAAAUGAUAAAUAUAUUGCUCUAAAAUGACACAAUCUCUACAGCGAAUGUAGGAAUCCAUCCUCACCUUUCGGUGAAUGACGAGCAGAGCACUUUGUGCUAUGUCCACGCUUGUGUAACUUUACACAGAUGUGCCACUAGAUGUCAUAGUGGUGCUUUACUGACAUAGGGUAUUUUUUUUCCUACCCAGGUGCAAUAGCAUUUCUCAUAAUAUGAUCAACUAGUUGGGGGGAGGGAAAGAAAAUCUGCAGUACCUUCCUAGAGAAGAAGUGUGAUUCUUGAAAAAAAAUUGCAGCAAUUCAGUUUUGGUAUUACACCGUUAAGCAUCAGGGGGCUCUAAGAAAGGAAGGUCAAAGUGCCCUUACCACUUUGAUUGCGACUUUGUUUUUAAACCAACACACGCUUUUCAGUACCAGUGACCGAGAGAACUUACGUGACAGACUGCGUAGAGUGAAGCCAGUCUUCCAUCAGAGCAAGCGUCUUUCUCCCAGCUCUUUAUAGCAGAGCUAAUAAAGGAUAGAGGUGUGUCUGUCUGUCUCCUAGCAUUCCAUGUCCUUUUAACAAAACAAAACAAAACGAAAAAGGGGUUUUCUGACGUCGUAUGCCAAUGUGAAUGUGUGGUCAUGGGGAGGGGCUCAUUUCUGCCUUUCUACUGUUUUUCUACUGUAUGAGCAAAGUGACAAGCUACGUUUCUGUAAAGCAAGAGGCAUCUAGGAGCUUUUAUUAAACGUUUAUUUAUCUAAUCAAAGUUUAGAAUGAAAAUUCUGUGUUGGGUUUCCAUAUUUUUGGGGCCAGUUCCUUGAGGCGUUGGCUUGUGUUGGGGGAUUGAGUUCACCACUGGGGGGAAAGUCCCAUAGCCAGGAUGUAUGUUACUGUCUAUAUUUUUGACAAAUGAAUCUAUAAGAUCUCAUCUAUUUUUUCACACCCACACUCUCUCUCUCUCUUUCUCCGCCCCUUCCCCCUCCCAAGAAUAUGCAGAAGUCUUAAGGAAACCUUUUUUCUUUUAAAGAGGCUUCAAUGGCUGUUUUUCAAAAAAAAAAAAGUGCUUUUGUGGCUUCUCACAACACAGGUUUUCUCAAAAAUGCAUCAGGUUAGAGCCGGCAUUAGAGAAAGGGUGAGGAGAAAGGUUACUAUGUAGAGUUGUAAGUAUAUACACAGCAGGGCUAUAUUUUUAUAUGUAUAUUAAAAUAUUGUAUAUUCAGAGACGCAUUGUGACGUGGAAAUUUCUUUAUACAGUUGUAAAUGGAAGAGGUCAGACGUGGUUGCAGUCGUAACAACUUAAACAUCUUACGAUGACCCCGCUCCCACCCAAGCCAAGGAGCUAUUGCUGAUCUCCUUUGCAUCAGCCAGGAAGAAAAACGGAAGCAGACACACACACACAAACACACGCACUCUUGAUCUUUCACUGAGCUUCGUCAUGGUCAUUAGAAAGAGACCUUUCCAAAUCAGAGGUACACUAUUGUCCACUACAAUAGCCAUACCGGUAAGCCCUACUUUAAUUGAAAGUCUUUGCCAUUGGAAAUAAAUGACAUCAAGAUUACACCCACGAGGGGAUUUGAUCCAUUAAGUCGCAAGUAACUUAGUGGGAGCAGCUGUUGUGCCUCCACGGGGAUGCUGUUGGAAAGUGUCCCUUUGGUAACAUUUAGGAUUCUCACCGCACAGCGUAGCAUUGUCAUGCUGUGAGAUCAGUCCUUGGGUGAUGCUGGGGGGAGAGCCAAGCAAAUCACAGCUUGAUAACCGUGUCAAUAUGGUGAGUGCUGCUAAAAACUACAAGAGCCAGAGAGGGGCUCACCACAGGGGUGCUAUUUUGAGUAGCAUCUCUCCCGCGGGUGCGUGACAUCUGCGCUUACUCUUAAGCACAUUAACUUGAAAGCAAGGCCCAUCCAUUUGAAACGGGUCUCUUCGCAGCAAGUGUGGCUAGAAUCACAGCCUUAAUUAGCCACAGAGCAGAAGCCAAUGGCUAGUGGAUUUUGAUACCAAAUAAGCUUUUUUUUUUAAUUGGAAAGUUUUGGAUAAGCAUAUGACAGAUGGCUGGCCAAUCACGUUGAAGUUAUUUUGUUAAAGAGAAAUUUAUACAAAACAGAUUAUUAGUGGGAAAUUUGUAUCUUGCCAUAUUUCAAAAGAAAUACUCAGUUAGGCAGAACCUACGGGCGAUAACAUUCAGGCUUGCGUAGUCUUAUCUUUAUUCUUCAAAGGGAAAAAAAAGUCAAGUGAAGUGUUCAUUAACCAUUGUGCAAAGAUGGACCCAAAGAGAUUGGCAUGCACGUUCCUAACUGCCUGGGGCAGGUCAAAUCUUAGCACCAAUGUGUCUACCUCCAAAGGAGGUGCUAGCUUAUAAGCCUUGCUAAAUAUUCAAGAUCUCCAAAUUUAUCUUAUUUCUUCUUUUCUCACACUGGAGCAAAACUGGCUGUUUCUGUGAAUACUAAAACACAGGGUUUUCUGUAAUGAUAUUGUAUAUAUGUUUACUGUUAAGUUCUUGUUAAAAUAAAUCUAUUUCUAGAUCUAGA